GAAAAUAUUUAAAGGCGCGGCCACCACGCACAGAUCGCUGCCCAGCGCCACCCGUCCCGUCCCUUCCUUAGUCGGAGGCUCAGCUCCUUUCGUCUGUACCUAUCACUCCGUGCGGAAGCGCCAUCAGCAUGUCUGACAAACUACCCUACAAAGUCGCCGACAUCAGCCUGGCCUCUUGGGGACGCAAGGCCAUUGACAUCGCGGAGAAUGAGAUGCCAGGCCUGAUGCAGAUGCGGGAGAUGUACUCGGCCUCCAAGCCACUGAAAGGUGCCCGCAUUGCCGGCUGCCUGCACAUGACUGUGGAGACAGCUGUGCUCAUUGAGACCCUUGUUGCCCUGGGUGCUGAGGUACAGUGGUCCAGCUGUAACAUCUUCUCCACCCAAGACCAUGCUGCAGCGGCCAUUGCCAAGGCUGGCAUUCCAGUGUACGCCUGGAAGGGUGAAACGGACGAGGAGUACCUGUGGUGCAUCGAACAGACGCUGUACUUCAAGGACGAGCCCCUUAACAUGAUUCUGGAUGAUGGCGGCGACCUCACUAACCUCAUCCACACCAAGUACCCACAGCUCCUGUCGGGCAUCCGAGGCAUCUCCGAGGAGACUACGACUGGGGUCCACAACCUCUACAAGAUGAUGGCCAAGGGGACCCUGAAGGUGCCUGCCAUCAACGUCAACGACUCUGUCACCAAGAGCAAGUUUGACAACCUCUAUGGCUGCCGGGAGUCCCUCAUGGAUGGCAUCAAGCGGGCCACAGACGUGAUGAUUGCGGGCAAGGUGGCAGUGGUGGCGGGCUAUGGUGACGUGGGCAAGGGCUGUGCCCAGGCCCUCAAGGGUUUCGGGGCCCGUGUCAUCAUCACUGAGAUUGACCCCAUCAAUGCACUGCAGGCUGCUAUGGAGGGCUAUGAGGUGACCACCAUGGAUGAGGCCUGUAAGGAGGGCAAUAUUUUUGUCACUACCACAGGUUGUAUCGACAUCAUCCUUGGCCGACACUUUGAGCAGAUGAAGGAUGAUGCCAUUGUGUGUAACAUUGGACACUUUGACGUGGAGAUUGAUGUCAAGUGGCUCAAUGAGAAUGCUGUGAAGAAACUGAACGUCAAGCCCCAGGUGGACCGCUACUGGCUAAAGAAUGGUCAUCGCAUCAUCCUGCUGGCUGAGGGCAGGCUGGUCAACCUGGGCUGUGCCACGGGCCACCCUAGCUUCGUGAUGAGCAACUCCUUCACCAACCAGGUGCUGGCACAGAUUGAGCUGUGGACCCACCCAGAAAAGUUCCCCAUCGGGGUCCACUUCCUUCCUAAGAAGCUGGAUGAGGCGGUGGCCAGAGCCCAUCUGGGCAAGCUGAAUGUGAAGCUGACAAAGUUGACUGAGAAGCAGGCCCAGUACCUGGGCCUGCCCCGUGAUGGCCCCUUCAAGUCUGAACACUACCGCUACUGAGAGCCAGGCCUGCCCUUUGCCUUCCAGCUGACAUCCCUGCCCAGGCCCUACCUCUCCUCCCAAGAAUAAAUGGCACCAACUUUGAAAUUGA